CUUCCAGCGGCCCAGGUGGUUCUGACUGUGAACAACCUGACAAUAGCCUUGUGUGCAGUGGGAGUCUGCUUCCUGUUUCUGUAUCAUGUCCAGUGGGAGGGGACAUGGAUUCUCGUACUCAUGGAGACAGUGGUCAUUGUCUUGGCUGCCAUUGCAGCCCUUGCUUCUGAGACCUCCAAGAUCAUCCUUGAGAAGGACUGGAUCAUUGUAAUUGCUGGAAAUGACAAUGAUCGGUUGGCCAACAUGAAUGCUGUGUUCCGGACAAUAGACCUGGCAACGUUUAUCUUGGCUCCCACAUUGGUGGGAGCAGUAAUGAGCUUCUGGAACUCUGUGGGAGCAGCCAUCUUCCUUGCAUCAUGGAACCUGGUGUCUGUGAUAUUUGAAUAUGGACUCCUGUACAUCAUCUUCAAGUCCCUUCCUGAUCUGGCCCACAAGAAAGCCCUUGACACCGAUGCCCUCCAAUCUUCAUUGGCUCCAGAUGUCAUGACUGACAAUGUCAAUCAGCCUCUAAGCAAUGGCCCAGCUGAGGAUGAGUUGCAACCUACGGUGGUGAAGAUUGUACCACCAAAGCUGUCCUUCAAGCAGAAGAUCCUGCAUAGUGCUGCUGGCUGGAAGCUCUACUUCUCUCAUGCUGUGUUCCCAGCUGCAUUUGGCCUUGCUGCCAUCUACAUGACUGUCCUUGGCUUUGACAACAUCACCCAGGGAUACAUGUUCUCACAGGGAGUGGCUGAGUGGCUGGUCGGGCUUCUGACAGGUAUUGGGGCUCUGACAGGUCUCCUGGGUGCACUUGCCUAUCCAUUCAUGCGCCGACAUCUCAGCAUUGAACGCACUGGUCUUUUUGGAUUUGGUCUUGAGACCUUCUCCCUCUGCUUCUGUGUUGCCUCAGUCUUCACUACUGGGUCCCCCUUUCAGUGGGAUUAUCUCUGGAAUCCAGAACCAUCGAAUUCCACCAUUGAGCCAAAUGUGAAUGCAACCACAGAUAGCGACUUAGUGAACUUGCCAGGGAUUUCUGAUGUCACCAUCUCCAUCAUUCUUUUUGUGACCAGCAUCAUUGCUGCUCGAUUUGGCCUGUGGGUGGCAGACCUGACAGUGACACAGAUCAUCCAAGAGGGUGUGGAGGAGGAGCACCGAGGGAGCUUCAAUGGGGUACAAAGCUCUAUGAACAUGCUGAUGGAUCUCAUCAAGAAUGCUCUGGUUACAAUUUUUCCCAAGCCACAAACCUUUGGCUACCUCAUCAUCGCCUCCUUCUCAUUUGUCUGCCUUGGCUGGCUGUCAUAUGCGAUCUACAGUCGCAGGCGGAGAGGCCACUUGUUCCACUUUGAGAAGGUGGUACCCUGUCUCCACAAGAGUGAACUUCUCCGUCUUCGUGGGCAUAGCCAAUGGAUGAAGGUAGGUGAAUAUGGGACAAUGGGGAGUCCCUCAUGGACACGGGUUCAUGUCUCUUCCUUCUCGUCCUCAUCCUCUGACAGCUCCAGCCUGAAUGAGUCCACCCCACUUGUUCCUUAACCUUGUGGCCCAUAUUUUCCCGAAUUAUCUUCUUUUUUUCUUGCCCCUCAUGAGAACUUGCAUUCAUCAUUUUAUGUUCUGUAAUCAAAUGUGAUUCUGGGCUUCACUUAAUUACUUUUUUCCUCUUGGG